UCAACAAUAUGAACAUAUACUUUAAUUAUAUCAUCUAUCUAUUGCGUAUUUUGUUUUUCUUUUUUGCUUCUAUAUAUUACGUAUGUGUGCAUGUAAGUAAGUUAAAUUUAGCUCGUUGAUGAUGGAGGCGCUUCUUUAUGUCAUCACUCUCUUCUCUCUCUCAGCCCUAACCGUUACAUUAGGAGAAAGUAUAAGCAUCGACUGUGGAUCAACCGGAUCUUACGUGGACUCCAACAAUGUAACAUGGGUCGGAGAUAAAGGCUUCGUCACCAACGGCGAGCCCAUGAAGAUUCCGGACGUUGUCAAAAAGCCAAUCAACACUCUCCGGUACUUCCCAACUGGUCAAACCAACUGCUACACCAACAUUCCGGUGACAAAAGGCCAGAAAACCCUCGUGAGGACGAAGUUUUACUAUGAGAACUACGACGCGAAGUUCUCGCCGCCAUCUUUUGAUGUGAUUUAUGACGGGAAACACCGUGAUUCUAUUGUAAUUACCGAGUCGUUGCUAAAUGAUGAAGAAACGUUCUAUUUCUCGGAGGUGAUAUAUGUUCCGGAGAAUAAGAAUAUCAGCGUCUGUCUCUUACGUACGUCUCCGUCCGACAACCCAUUUAUAUCGUCCAUUGAAGUUUAUAGUUUGGACACUGGCAUGUACGACGAUCUUGGUCCUAACGAAGGUCUCAUUCUCCACGACAGAAUUGCAUACGGUGCCAAAGAGCUUAUAAGCUACCCGUUAGACCCCUACGGUAGGGUAUGGUUAGCGUUAGGAUCCCAAGACUCCACACUGACCGAUCUAACGACCUCAGCCCCAUCAAUAGACAUCACCGGGGCGUCGAACAAGCCACCAGAGAUUGUUAUGUCAAAGGCAUUAUCAGGAGUCGGCUUAGUACUCUCAGACCAGACUCUACCCCUAACCGGAGUACCAGUAUACUUGGUUCUUUACUUCUCAGAGCCUCAAAGUCUAGGUCGAACCCAGAGACGAUCGUUCAACGUUUUCUUGGACAACACUCAAGUGGGUUCGCGUCCCAUCGUACCGGUUUUUGGGAAAGCAACUCAAUUCAUUUUGAGAGAUGUAGUGGCCACAUCGGCGUCCCAGAUAGUCUUUCAGUCAACGGAUGACUCCGUUUUGCCACCCCUCAUCAACGGAUUGGAGCUGUACUCGAUAAGUAAUACCAGUCCAGACAGUGGAGGCGGCGGUGGAGACCAAGGCGGCGGUAGUACGGAUGAUUCGGAAGGUUCUGGAGGAGCGAAACAAGCAAAAAAUUUGGGAAAAGGUGGGGCAAAAAGCAGUGGAGGGAAGAAGAAUAACAAAUUACCACUCAUUCUUGGCGUUACGUUCGCCUCCGCCUUUGCAGUUCUCGCGUCAGCGUUUGCAGCUAUUUGGAAAAAGCGUCAAAAUGCUAAGUCACAGUCGAACAGUACUGUACCAAAUACGUCCACAGAGCAUGGAACAGGCACAGGGAUGUCGCCUCUAGUUGGACAGCAAUUUGCCAGCGAUAUGACUGAUUCAUAUGUUGUUGAAGAUGGACAUCAUUGACAUGGACACUAGUUAUUGAAGAGCUCAAUCCAUGUGUUAUUAUUCUUCAUGUUUUUUUCUUUCCAAACAUUUAUGAUUCUUUUAGUUUGUAAAAAAGUUCUAUUGUAUUUCUAUCUGUAUCCGACCAAGAGUGGAAAGAAUAAUUUGAAAACGUGAUGCAUGAUAAUGUGACAGUAAAUUUAGAAUUGGAAAAUAUGUUAUUGCUCUGAUAUAGUCUUCAGUAGACAUCAGACGUAUAUAUUAUAUACA